AUGCAUCGAAUUACUUCCUUACGUGUAUCAAAUCCUAUGAUUUAUGAUUUAAAUAUUUCUCCGACUCAUAUGAUAUCGAAAUUUGUUCAACUUAAAAGACUUUUUCUUGAUCAAAUUGAAUCGAUAUAUAUGGAAAAAAUUCUUCGUCAAUUAAUUUCUCUACCAUUUCUAACUUCAUUAACUAUCUUUACAGUUGAUUGUAUUAAAAAUAUCAAUGCUUUGUAUCUUCAAAUAUUUAAUCUACCUGCAUUAAAAUAUUGUCAAUUGUCAUUGAAAGAAGAUUUGACAAGAGAACUGUUACCAAUCGCAAGUAAUCAACACAGUUCAAUCGAAUAGAGUAAGUGGGGGUAAAUGUAUAAAAAAAAUCAGACGGGUUCAGUAUAUUAGCUAUAACUUUUUUAUUUUUCAUUAUUUCAAAAAAUUUUCUUCGCAAGUCAUCUAGC